AUGGAGCUCAAGGUCUGGGUGGACGGGGUCCAGAGGGUUGUUUGUGGGGUCACCGAGGCAACCACCUGCCAGGAAGUGGUCAUCGCUCUGGCUCAGGCCAUAGGUGAGUGUUCUCUGACCUAUGACUCUUAAAGACAUAUUCCGGAGGAUUGAAAACGACCUCGUUAUUUUUUAAACCUCCCAUUUUGGACUUUGUAUGGCUCAUACAUGCAUAAUAAAUUAUCUACAGUCCUCUGCCAGCGGAAAGGGGCACAGAAUCCUUACAUUCUAACCUGCCAUCAUUUAGUGCAUGAAAUCUACAUGCUCGUUCCUGUCAUGUAGUGAAUGCGUGCUCUGAAGCAAGUGGGAUUAGUGGCUGCAUGCGCUUACCAUUAGUUAUUUUGAUAACAGCGAAAAUACACUGAAUAAAUCGAUCAAUUUCAUGCAUCAGAAGUUAGAAAGCAUCCAAAAUUAGAAGUUAGAUCUAUUAGACCUCUGUAGUAGUUGCAUUUCUCUCUUUCAAUACAUUUCUGCGAACCAGCAAAUGUUGUGCGCUAAAGAUGUCGAUGUCAACCCGAUCAGCAGGUAUGUGCACAGAUAGAGGUAUUUUUCAAUUCUAUGAGAAAAGUGCCCUUUCAGAUUCGUGGCAAUAUUUUAUUAUUACAUUUUUAUUUAACUUUUAGUCUAUUUCCUCUCUUAUUUAAAUGAAUUCCCCAUCAAACUAGCUAAUUUCUCAUUUGUUAAUCCCAUUCCUCUGUCCCCACUUGAGGGCACACUGACUGCACUCGUCCUGCAGGCAGAGGCUACCGGCCAGGGCUCGAAAUUCAGGGCAUCCCGGGACGAUAAAACAUAUGUCUGGGAUGGUUCAAAACAGACUCUGGGACAGUUCUGGGAUGAUAGAUCCAAAAUUCAUACAAUCACUGUACAUCAUUUAAUUUUUUUAAAGCAAUGAGGUUGAUGCAACAGAUCAGAAGGUUUACCUUAAAAUAUUGAUAAACUAUUAUUUCUUCACAUUAUAAGCGCAGCAAUGCGCACACGGCAGUAGGCUAAGCGCGAACAUUCCAAAAUGGAAUUAGCGGGAACACAUGUUCUAAAAAGCGCACCGCACAUGUGAGCGGUUUCAUGUGACAGAGAUGAAAAUAUCAAAAUGUUGAAAGAGGGGAGAUCUAAAGAUACAACAACUAGCGUGGGUUGCUUAUAUGACUAGGAUUGUGUCUUUGGCUGCUGGACAAUGAAAGAAAGUUGAUUUGAAAACCAAUAGCACAUGGGAGAAAUGCUGUUUUCAAUGGCAUAAGGAAGUGUUUAUAAAAUAAUUCUCUCAACAUUUCUAUGGUCUGAUUUUGGCUAGGCUACUUUGAAACAAGGUAAGACAUGCCUCAUAAAAGGACAUAAAACCUCCAGGUUUUAAACAAUUAAGUUUAUGGUUAAAUAGUUUCAAAAAGUUGGUUGAUGUUUGCGGUGUGCAACAGGCACUGGCCUUUCUCUCCGCUCUUGUGACCAUUUGAUCUGAAUGAACCAUGCAUCGAGUAUUUCGAUAGUAUGAACAGAAUCAAGCCUUUAGACGUUGAUGUUAAUUAUCCUACAUUCAAUUUGUCAAACAUGACUGGCAUUGAACCUAUAUUUAUGUAAUUUAAAGUCUCAUUAAAGUUUGGCUACAUUUUCUGGUGCCUCAUGUCAGCAUCGGUGUGGAUAUGAGAGGCUGUAGCCAAUACACAUAUCACCUAGGUGAAAAAUAUUUAUGUACAUUUAUGCAAAAUAGAUUAUAAUAUUAUGCCAAUGUUGGACUUUUUAGAGGCAUGUUUUUUAUGUGAAUUUCUGGCUCAGUUGACAGACCCAUUUACUAUUUCAGUAGUAUUAGCCUUUUAAAUCACUGUGAAUGACCUAGGUCCUAGAGUAGACCCAUGUACAGUAUAUUUUAAUUUGGGACGUUCAUCUUCAGUUUGGUACGGUUGAAAUUGCACUUCGGGACGAUUCUGGGACGGUGAUGAAAAAAGUAUAGAGUCCUGCUAUCAUCUCAUGGGGAAUGCUUCAAUUCGACUGUUUGUUGGUUUAUUAGUAGACCUACGAGGCAGAUGCCAGCAGCAGAAUAAACUCCAAUCACAGGUAAAGACUAGUUAGUUUCAACAUAACUAACUUGCUGAUUUACAUAAUCUACAUUCGCUAUGAUCAGCUGAUAGCCCACCCCUCUUUGCCCUCUCUUUGAGCAGUAGGCUGUUAACUUGCUGGGAGGAGUUUGAUUUUGCAGAAAAUAAAGGCCUAUGCUAAAAAAUAUAUGUUGAAAUUUGGCUACAGGUGCAUUAGAUGAUUUGCUAUGAAUGUAAUAAUUUAAAAUCAACAGGUAUUAUUUAAUUUUGGUGUGUGUGUUUUUUGGGAGCAGGUGCCCUUUUUAACUUUGAGCACCUGCCCCUCCAAAGGUCUGUGCACGGCCCUGCCGAUCAGAAACACUGUGCUGGCAAACUUUUAGCUUCUAAAUCGUGUCACUGGUGAAUUUUGGAAUAUAUUGCACAAUAGGCUAUAAGGUUUUAACCAGGCAUGCGUCCAUUCAUUUGUCCCGUUCGCCAAUCACGGCAGAACACACAUAUUGAUGCGCUCAAGAAAUGCAUACUGAAGCAAACUUUCACCCACUUUUUAGACAAUAGAAUAUUGGCCCUAACUUUCUGUGUCAACCAUCCAUCUGAAUCAAAUAAUUCCAUGUGUCCACCUUUUGUCCUUAUAAAUGUUCACACAGGUAUUCCAUGAUAUGGAGUAAUAAUCCAACACUGCAGUUGAACUGCCAGCGAUCAUCAUUCAUCACGUAGGCCAAUGCUAUAUAUAAUCAAUACAUGACUUUCAAGGAGUAGGACAUUUGAUGCAACUUUUCCAUUGUAUAAAAUAAAAUUUUCACAUUCGCUUGCUCAUUUUCCAUACUAGUCUGAUGAGACCAUCCAUGCAACUACUGGAAUUCGGGAACUGGCCUGCAACAACCAAACGUGAUGGACAAUGUUUGAUUUGCAGUUGGAAUGAUGUCCAAUGAGAUUGCAUGGUUAAAGUGGGAGGUGGGAUCAGGUCGGUCCAGUAUUGUCCAAUGAAGUUGUGGGGUGAGCCCAACAUGCACACCCAACAUGAACACCACAUAGUUUUUUUUUACUCUCUUUGGGAACACGCUACAGAGGCUCGAGAACAAUGAUGUGAUAUUGUAUACAAAGACCUGCUUUGGCUUGUGAGCGCUACUUUCAAAAUUACUGGCUGAAAUUAUUCAAAACUUCCGGAAAAUCUCUUUAACAAAGGCUUUGUGUGUUGGCUACUAAUAUUUGAAAUAUUAGCAUUUAAGAAUGUAGGCCUAUACUUUGUUUUCUGCAUGUACUUUCCCCUUCGUUAAGGAUGAUAUUGAAUAAUAGAAUGAUAGUAUAAUGUACCUCUAUCCCUAACCUACAGUAUUUACCUGUGAGACUGCGUAGCAAUAUGGCCCAGUGUUACAUAGUAGUACUCAAGUAUAGCGACAGUGAAGAGGAUAUACUGAUUCUCUGUUGUAAUGCGUUGCGCCACUUGCUUGUAUAAGAAAUGGUGGUUAAUUAAACUCAAAUUUUAAAUCAGGAGCUGUCUUACAAUUAGGCUUACUACAGAAAACUAAUAUUUGUUCCUCUCCUCCUGCCUACGCCUCAAUCUGGUGCUGUAGUUAGAGAUAGAGAGGGUCUUAGUCAGAAACCCCCUCCAUCCAUCCCUCCAUUCCCCUCUCUCUCAGUGAGAGAAGAGGAAUGGAGCAGACUGUAUUGACAUCACUUCCCAUUAAGCGUGGGGCAGGCGGGAGGAGGGAAAGUCUGAGUCAUCCCUCCAUCUCUCGCAGGCAGGGGGAUGCAGAACCACUGACUAAAUCCCCCUCCUCUCCUCCUCUCUUCCCUCCUUUCCUACUUUUCAUAUAGAGGUUCCUAUAUACAGUACAAAUGUCUAAUGACGAAAUUAAUGUUAGGUUUUUGGGGUUUAUCUCUAGUUGGGACCAGCAUUGGCAAGAGACUGUGUGUAUCAGGGGGUUUGCCUCAGUCUCUUUGGCCUUGUUUCUUGUGUGAAAAUUGGAAAAUGGAAAAUAAAAUGUCACACUAAAAUAAAAUGUCCACUAAAGCAAAUAUCAUAGUACCUAAAAUAAGCUAACAGGGUUAUUAAUCUCUGUUAAUAGAUAGAUGUUAAAUUAUUCAAGACUCAUAUAUAUUCGCAUUGCGCUUUUUAAUAGCUGACAAUGCACUGAUAGUUAUCCUAUUGAUCCACAUGAAAUAUGAUUACAAAGAUAGCUAUUAUUCAGCUGAGAAGACAUACACAAAACUAUGCACAAAACAUAUACUAAAACAUACACAAAAGCUGACAUAACUGAACUUGUCCUAUCUUUUUUUCCCAGGCCGCACUGGGCGCUAUACACUGGUGGAGAAAUGGCGGGACACAGAGCGCCACCUGGCCCCCCACGAGAGCCCCGUGGCAUCCCUCAACACCUGGGGCCAGUAUGCCGGUGACGUCCAGCUGAUCCUGCACCGCACGGGCCCCUCCCUGACCGAACGGCCCCCCUCCGAGGGUCCCCUACUCCGGGGCCCGGAGCGCGGCCUCCACCGGCAGAGCCUCCCGCCGCUCGCCAAGCUCCGCCACCCCAGCGAGCACGCCCUCUAUCGCCGCGAGCCACGCCGCAAGUCCCUGACCUUCACCGGUGGGCCCCGGGGCCUCCGAGACAUCCUGAGUGGAGGCCGGGCAGGGGAGGGGAGGGAGUUCGAGACCAAACGACGACUCCUACUCCAGGGGAACGGUGGGAACCAGAACCACCACCACCAUGCAGCAGCAGCAGCCACAGCGGUAGCCCCAGGAGGGGCAGUGUCCCCUGGCAUGUGGGCCUGCCGCAUGGAGGACCUGGUCAGACUGGUGGGGCUCCAGAGAGAAACUCUUGGCGUGCUGGAGAAGAGGCUGGAGGCCUACGAGGCUGAACUGCAGACCUGGGGUGGACGAGGAGGCGGAGGGGGAGAGGAGGCCAGAGGAGCAGGGGGGCUGAUGGAGGAGAUAGGGAGGCUGGAGAGACGACUGAGGAAGAACGAGGUGGAAAUGGAGGAGGAGGAGUUCUGGGCCAGCGAGCUGCAGAUUGAGCUGGAGAGUGAGAGGCAGCUGGAGGACAGGCUUGAGGAGCUGAGAGGGCGUCUUCAGUGCGCUGAGGUCGAGCUGGGGGACAGGAUGGCUCUGGUACAGGUGGGUGGGACACACUUCGGAUUUAUGACCCAUGGGCAUUAAUUAGAUACUGUAUGAUCAAGUGGCAUGGACACUAUUAUUGCGCCCAUAAAUGUUACAAUUUCUGUUGUGUAUUGUGUAAGGGGCUAUGCUCUCUCUGGAAAAUAAUGCAUGAUGUGAAUAGUGAAUAGACUAGAAUAGUCCCAGUAAGCAAAAUGAAAUAAGUAUUUUCCAGACGUUGAUGUUAAGUUCAAUUUAAUUUCUGAAUGAAAGGUGAAAAGGUAUUUUCCGUAUGUUUAAAAUACAUAUUUUCCAGGACAUUGAAAAGGCAUCUUUUCCGGACGGUAAUAAAUAUGUAUUUUCCAGACAUGGAAAUCAGGUUCAUUUUCGGUUCUGAAUGAAAGGUGAAAAGGUAUUUUCCGUAUGUUUAAAAUACACAUUUUCCAGGAAGUUGAAAAGGCAUCGUUUCCAGACUGUAAAAAAUAUGUAUUUUCCGGACAUGGAAAUCAGGUUCCUUUUCGGUUCUGAAUGAAAGGUGAAAAGGUAUUUUCCAUAUGUUUGAAAUACAUAUUUUGCAGGACGUUGAAAAGGCAUCUUUUCCGGACUGUAAAAAAUAUGUAUUUUCCGGACAUGGAAAUCAGGUUCAUUUUCGGUUCUGAAUGAAAGUUGAAAAUACUUAUUUUCCGGAUGUUGAAAAUACGUACACUACCGUUCAAAAGUUUGGGGUCACUUAGAAAUGUCCUUGUAAUUCGAAAGAAAAGCACAUUAUUAAUGUUGUAAAUGGCUAUUGUAGCUGGAAACUGCUGAUUUUUUAUGGAAUAUCUACAUAGGCGUACAGAGGCCCAUUAUCAGCAACCAUCACUCCUGUGUUCCAAUGGGACGUUGUGUUUGCUAAUCCAAAUUUAUCAUUUUAAAGGGCUAAUUGAUCAUUAGAAAACCUUUUUGCAAUUAUGUUAGCACAGCUGAAAACUGUUGUGCUGAUUAAAGAAGCAAUAAAACUGGCCUUUUUGAGACUAGUUGAGUAUCUGGAGCAUCAGCAAUUGUGGGUUCUAUUACAGGCUCAAAAUGGCCAGAAACAAAUAACUUUCUUCUGAAACUCGUCAGUCUAUUCUUGUUCUGAGAAAUGAAGGCUAUUCCAUGCGAGAAAUUGCCAAGAAACUGAAGAUCUCGUACAACGCUGGUACUACUCCCUUCACAGAACAGCACAAACUGGCUUUAACCAGAAUAGAAAGAGGAGUGGGAGGCCCCGGUGCACAACUGAGCAAGAGGACAAAUACAUUAGAGUGUCUAGUUUGAGAAACAGACGCCUCACAGGUCCUCAACUGGCAGCUUCAUUAAAUAGUACCCGCAAAACACCAGUCUCUGUGAAGAGGCGACUCCGGGAUGCUGACCUUCUAGGCAGAGUGGCAAAGAAAAAGCCAUAUCUCAGACUGCCCAUCUUAAUCUUUUAUUUUUAUUGGCCAGUCUGAGAUAUGGCUUUUUCUUUGAAGUUGACGGAUACACAUUUGAAACCACUGAUCAUGAAAAUUGGGUGAAACUCCUGGACAAAAGUUGUGAUUGUCCAUUCCAUAUUGUCCAUUUUACUUUGACCUGUACUGUUUUUAGGAUAUAUUGUUUGUUAACAUGACAGUGUUUUUUUGUUGUCGAUUGAGCGCCGUCUCAUUACAUUGUCAUACAUUUUAUCUCCAGCCUGUAGGCGACAGAAAAGGCCACAUACAGUACUCUUUCUACCAUAUCCUAUAUCUGCUACAUGAUUUAUGUUAGAUAAUUUUUUGACUGAAUGUUGGUGGAGUGCUGCAGAGAUGCGUCUCUCCAACAGCACCCUGGAGAGGCACGCUGGGAAUGGACAAGCAAAAUAAUUCCCCCCCCCUGCCUUUGAGAAAGUGGGCACUGCUUAUCAAAGGGCGGCUUCGGUGCUCACCUAAAAAGCCCACAUGCCACUCACUGGUUGAGAGAAAUUGUCAUUGUUUUUGGGCAGAAUUAUGUGAGGUUUUAUGUGUUGUUGUUGGAGGUGCGUCUUUGUCAGUUUAGCUCAGAAAAUGCAGCUGUUGUCAAUCUGCCUCCACAGGCAGCCACCUAAUCCUGCCUAAUGAGCGGGCCGGCCGUGGGCAUGACGCACAGCGGAGUGGCACUAACCUUUUGCAGAUUGCCAUUUGCUUGAAGAAUGCUCUUCAAGCAAAUCAGAAAUGAGUAUUUAACAAUGCCGGCGUGGUAUAAUUAUGCAUUAAGGCACAAGAGGCAAUGCUGUAUUAUGAAUACAGUCACAGGUAAAUGCAGUUUUUCGGCCCGACAUACAGUAUUUACAUUUUACAUUUUAGUCAUUUAGCAGACGCUCUUAUCCAGAGCGACUUACAGGAGCAAUUAGGGUUAAGUGCCUUGCUCAAGGGCACAUUAACGUCAUUUAGCAGACGCUCUUAGCCAGAGCGACUCACAAAUUGGUGCGUUCACCCUAUAGCCAGUGGGAUAACCACUUUACAAUUUGGGGGGGGGGGGGGUAGAAGGAUUACUUUAUCCUAUCCCAGGUAUUCCUUAAAGAGGUGAGGUUUCAAAUGUCUCCGGAAGGUGGUGAGUGACUCCGCUGUCCUGGCGUCGUGAGGGAGCUUGUUCCACCAUUGGGGUGCCAGAGCAGCGAACAGUUUUGACUGGGCUGAGCGGGAACUAUGCUUCCGCAGAGGAAGGGGAGCCAGCAGGCCAGAGGUGGAUGAACGCAAUGCCCUCGUUUGGGUGUAGGGACUGAUCAGAGCCUGAAGGUACAGAGGUGCCGUUCCCCUCACUGCUCCAUAGGCAAGCACCAUGGUCUUGUAGCGGAUGCGAGCUUCAACUGGAAGCCAGUGGAGUGUGCGGAGGAGGGGGGUGACGUGAGAGAACUUGGGAAGGUUGAACACCAGACGGGCUGCGGCAUUCUGGAUGAGUUGUAGGGGUUUAAUGGCACAGGCAGGGAGGCCAGCCAACAGCGAGUUGCAGUAGUCCAGCCGGGAGAUGACAAGUGCCUGGAUUAGGACCUGUGCCGCUUCCUUUGCACAAACCAGUCAAAGGUUUGGACACACCUAGUCAUUCAAGUGUUUUUCUUUAUUUUGACUAUUUUCUACAUUGUAGAAUAAUAGUGAAGACAUCAACUCUAUGAAAUAACACAUAUGGAAUCAUGUAGUAACCAAAAAAGUGUUAAACAAAUCUAAAUAUAUUUUAUAUUUGAGAUUCUUCAAAGUAGCACCCUUUGCCUUGAUGACAGCUUUGCACACUCUUGGCAUUCUCUCAACCAGCUUCAUGAGGAAUGCUUUUCCAACAGUCUUGAAGGAGUUCCCACAUAUGCUGAGCACUUGUUGGCUGCUUUCCCUUCACUCUGCGGUCCAACUCAUCCCAAACCAUUUCAGUUGGGUUGAGGUCGGGUGAUUGUGGAGGCCAGGUCAUCUGAUGCAGCACUCCAUCACUCUCCUUCUUGGUCAAAUAGCCCUUACACAGCCUGGUGGUGUGUUUUGGGUCAUUGCCCUGUUGAAAAACAAAUGAUAGUCCCACUAAGUCCAAACCAGAUGGGAUGGCGUAUCGCUGCAGAAUGGUGUGGUAGCCGUACUUGUUAAGUGUGCCUUGAAUUCUAAAUAAAUCACAGAGAGUGUCACCAGCAAAGCACCAUCACACCUCCUCCUCCAUGCUUCACGGUGGGAACCAUACAUGUGGAGAUCAUCCGUUCACCUACUCUGCAUCUACCAGAAAUCUCAAAUUUGGACUCAUCAGACCAAAGAACAGAUUUCCACAGGUCUAAUGUCCAUUGUUUGUGUUUCUUGGCCCAAGCAAGUCUCUUCAUAUUAUUGGUGUCCUUUAGUAGUGUUUUUGUUUGCAGCAAUUCGACCAUGAAGGCCUGAUUCACGCAGUCUCCUCUGAACAGUUGAUGUUGAGAUGUGUCUGUUACUUGAACUCUGUGAAGCAUUUAUUUGGGCUACAAUCUAAUGUGCAGUUAACUCUAAUGAACUUAUCCUCUGCAGCAGAGGUAACUCUGGGUCUUCCUUGAUGGUUUUUACGACUGCACUUGAAGAAACUUUUAAAGUUCUUGAAAUGUUCCAGAUUGACUGACCUUCAUGUCUUAAAGUAAUGAUGGACUGUCGUUUCUCUUUGCUUAUUUGAGCUGUUCUUGCCAUAAUAUGGACUUGGUCUUUUACCAAAUAGGGCUAUCUUCUGUAUACCACCCCUACCUUGUCACAACACAACUGAUUGGUUCAAAUACAUUAAGGAAAGUAAUUCCAUAAAUUAACUUGAAAUGCAUUCCAGGUGACUACCUCAUGAAGCUGGUUGAGAGAAUGCCAAGAGAGUGCAAAGCUGUCAUCAAGGCAUAGGGUGGCUACUUUGAAGAAUCUCAAAUAUAAAAUAUAUUUUAUACUGGUUACUACAUGAUUCCAUAUGUGUUAUUUCAUAGUUUUGAUGUCUUCACUAUUAUUCUACAAUGUAGAAAAUAAAGAAAAACCCUGGACGCUCCAAUCAGUUUUAUAAAUUGUUAUAAUCACAUAACAUUAAAGGUGUGCAGGCACCUUGCAUCAUCAUUUUAAAGACAGAUAAUGCCUAUCCUCUCUCUGAAUUUCUCACUGUGCCUUUCUAUGCACUUCCAUCUAUAUCAGGGUUUCCUUUACUCUGUCCUGGGGCCCCCCCUGGGUGCAGGUUUUGGUUUUUGCCCUAGCACUACACAGCUGAUGCAAAUAAUCAAAGCUUGAUGAUGAGUUGGUUAUUUGAGUCAGCUGUGUAGUGCUAGGGCAAAAACCAAAAUGUGCACCCAGGAGGGGCCCCAGGACCGAGUUUGGGAAACCCUGGUCUAUAUAACAGUCUACCAGCAAAACCGAUGAUGUAGCUAGGGUGCUGGGAAGCAUAUGUUCUCCUAACCAUUUACUCCUAUUGGUCUAAAACUCAAACCUGUCUGUGUAUCAGGGUGUAGAGGCGGGUCUGGAGGAGGAGCGUCUGCAGAGGGAGAGACAGGAGACUCAGAGGGUGAGCGAGGUGGAGGCCAGGGCGCAGGUACUCAGGGCCCGCACGGAGCUCAAGGCCCAGGACAGACAGUCUGUCCAGCUGGAAAGCAGCUGCAGAGCCGUGGACAGGUCCCUCGGCCAGAGUGGCAAGAGACUGCAGGUCAGACACAGGCAUUGACACAUGCAUUAACAUACACACACACACUGAUGCAUGAGCGUACACAUGAACAAAGGGAUGUAGAAACACAUAUAGUGCUUCUACAUAUACAGUACAUACCAGAAGCGAAGCCACGGCAGGGCCUGGCUUGGCAGAGCCCUGCCAGAUUGAACACUGGCCCACCCAAUCAGGCUAGCUUAAAAUAUAUUUAAAAAAUGUACUAAAUGAAUUUGAGUUUAUGUUUGAAUUGUCUCCUGACUAAUUAGAAAUGUUGAAAAAUGCAGUAGGAGGUUCCUGGGAUCUAAUUGGUUAUAUCGCAAUCACCACUUGUCUGCAGUUGACGAACCACCCACAAAACCAAAAAUGCGAGUGUUCCCCACUACAGUGUUCAAUGGAAAAUCGCGGUGUUUCUCAUGGAAGUGGUAUGGACAGUUUUAUUGCAAGCCAUCGCAAUCAAAGCCUGGGUAAUGUUUUAUAUAAAUUUAACCGCGAGGCCAGGGACUAUUCAUUUGUAGAGAGUAAUCGUGAUCACGUCAAAGUGGUUCUGGACAUAGUUAUGCUAUGCGAUAAACAGGACAUAGCACUACGUGGACAUAGGGAGAGUGAAGAGGCCCUUAUAAGGGACAUUUUCUUUAUUUUCUUUCAAUUCAUAUCCAAUUAUGAAUUUUUUAAAACGAAAUUGUCGAGAGCAGCUGCCAUAAAAAUCACUUGAAUCAACAAACAUAAACCUGGCCUACCAAGGCAGGAAUAAAAACAUAAAAUCAUCAUACAUAGCCUAAUACCAUAGCAGGUAUGAAUACAGUAGCUCACUUAGAAUCAAACACAUAUAAGCCUGACUUACCAAGGCAGGCAUGAAAACAUUAGGCUAAAUCAUAAACCAUAUUCAGUCUUACCUUUCUUGUGUGUUUCACGUUGGUGUUGAAGAUGGAGAUUAUUUCAUCAUAGUCCAAAGAGUCACUGAGUUCCCUUUCAAAGGCAUGCAGUCAGCAUGCAAGAUCUGAUGAAUGUUUUGAUACAUCAUGUAAUGGAGAAGAGUCUCUCAACACUACAUGAGGUCAUAGGAAGGGUGAUGAUGGCCCUUACAGGAACUUAGCAGUACUACUUAUUUCUCUGAGAGUGAGGCGGAUAUAUAGCGUUCUGCAAAAAAACUGGAUUAUUUGUCUAAUCUGAAAUGAAACCAUCAUGUGAUACAUUUUAAACAAAUACAUAGUUGUCAUUGAACAUCCAAAUGGCAUGAUUAGAUAGUGAAAAAACACCUAUCGUUUUCUUAAGUUUUAAACAAUAAAAGCUAAUUUACCAACAUUUGAAAAUGGAUAUAUAGAGUUUUGGAAAUAAACUCUUACAAUAUUAGGCUACCAUUUAUCCAUCACUCAUUCAAUAGCCAAGCAUGCUCGAAAGUAAAUAGACAGGUAGCCUAUUUAAGAAAUUUGACAAUAUGGGUAGGCUACAGUAUUGCUGUGCGAUAGGAGCGGGACAUCAUAGCCUAUUUAAUCUCAGAGCCUAUACCACGGCAGGAGAUAGAAACACAAUAAUCUAUUGAUAAACAAAAUAUUGAACAACAAUUUGUAUUUUGCAUAGUGUGAGCUGUAGCAUUUACUUUUAAAUUGUUCGAAUAGACAAACAAUCUUGUAGAAUGCAUGGCCAAUGUUUGGCACUCACUAUGGGCAGCAUGCAUUAAAAAAAAAUUUAUAGCUAGGUUUCCAUCCAAUUGGCGACAGAUUUUCAUCCGAAAAAUAAAAACAUUUUCCCACCAGAGAUGUAUUUCCUUUAAAUUGACUUGUUGCGGAUAAAAGUCUGUGCGUGAUGAGAUAGUGCACAUAAAAACACUUUUGCAGUUAAAUUCCCAUGUACUGGAUAACAAAUACAAGUUAAAUGGGUUUCAACUCUACUGAUGGUUUUGUCACAGGAAAUUGCAUUAUAUAGCGAAUGUGCCCACUCUGGUAUUGGCACGUGCAUCUUAACCAACAGCUCGCAGAUACAAUGUGGGUAUAGCCUACAUGAUGAGAUUAUUAUGGACAAAAGAGCGAGAUUAUUAUUUGUCAAAUGGCAGCCAGGCAUCGAUCAUCAUGUCACCAGAAUAAGACCAUAGAUAUUUAUUGGAAAGGAGCAUGAAGUUCAUCACCUUUCACUUUCACCACCCUGUGAAGUUCAUCAUAAUUUAUUUAAUCUGUAGCCUAACAAACUGUAUGCUUUCCCUAGUCGUAGUCGGAGGACCACACAGACUUGUCAUCGCGUGACUCCAAGUUUACUUCGAUAUGAUGGUUAUUAUAUCAAUAUUUGCGCAUAAAAGCGUUUCUACCGCCAUUUCUCACAUAAUACAUUUUAUAGACACAAAAAGAUCCCCGCUUCUCUAGCGUAUUUUGUUUUGUCUACAUUUGGAAAGUUUACCGACAAAUUUGGUGUUUCCUCAAGCCUGUCAUGACUUUUCUUUUUAUCAGACAUAUACGUUACUUGCAUAAAAAGGUUGGAUGGAAACCUGGUUAGUGAGAUUGAAACAUUCUGCCCACACUUCUACAAAAAUGUGAGCAAAUUUGCCAUUUCUUUUAGAAACUGUCAUGGCCCAGUUACAUCAAAUGUUUACAUUUAAGGAAUUUAGCAGACACUCUUAUCCACAGUGACUUAUAGGCGCAAUUAAGGUUAAGUGCCUUUCUCAAGGGCACAUCGAUAGACUUUUCACCUAGUCAAGUGCUUUGCUCAAGGGCAUAUCGACAGAUUUUUUUCACCUAGUCGGCUUGGGGAUUCGACCUUACAAUUACUGGCCCAACGCUCUUCACCGCCCUAAAGAGUUGGUUGCAUCACAUUUCAGUCAUUUAGCAGACGCUCUUAUCCAGUAGCGAGUACAUACAUUUUCAUACUGGUCCCCCGUAGGAAUCAAACCCAUAACCCUGGCGUUGCAAGCACCAUGCUCUACCAACUGAGCCACACGGGAUCUCCAAACCAUACAUAAAAUUAGGGUGUUUUUGUUACUAUGAAAGGUGAAUGGAGGGCAUUUUCUAGGCAGGGUUGUAACGCUCCUUCACGGGCGCACAAAUAUAAUACGUCUCUGAUUUAUAAAUGAAAAUAUGCGUAUAUGUUGCGUACGAAUCCUAGAAUCUCCACGUAUGCCAGAAUUUAGUGAGAUGUUUUUGCAUGGUUGAUAAAUGAGGCCCCAGGAACAGAUGACCAGUCAGUAUAGCUGCAAUCAGAUUAUACGUUUGAGUAAAUACAGAUGGCAAAAAAUAUGGAUUUAUAUCGUUGAUCAAUCUGUAUCUCCCCUCCAGGACAUGCAGCAUGAGCUGGAGCAGCUGACCAAGGAGCUGAGACAGGUCAACCUGCAGCAGUUUAUCCAGCAGACUGGCACCAAGGUCACCGUGCUGCCAGCCGAGCCCAGUGAGGACGAAGAGGGAACUACCCACACCGGACAGGGCACAGGUAAUUUACAUAAAAUGAGCUAGAUUCAUAAAUCCUCUGUGUGGGUGCAGCCACUUGCGUCGCUCUACUCUGCAAUAUUUUUCUCCCCAAUUUCAUGAUUACGUCUCAUUGCUGCAACUCCCCAACGGGAUCGGCGAAGGUCGAGUCAUGCGUCCUCCGAAACAUGACCUGCCAAGCCGCGCUUCUUAACACCCGCUCGCUUAACCCGGAAGCCAGCUGCACCAAUGUGUCAGAGGAAACACUGUUCAACUGACAACCAUGGUCAGCCUGCAGGCACCCAGCCCACCACAAGGAUUCACUAGAGCGCAAUGAGCCAAGUAAAGCCCCACUGGCCAAACCUUCCCCUAACCCGGAUGACGCUGGGCCAAUCGUGCACCACCCUAUGGGACUCCCGGUCACGGCCAGUUAUGACACAGCCUGGGAACGAACCCCAGGCUGUAGUGACGGCCGCAACACUGUGAUGCAGUGCCUUAGACCGCUGCGCCACUCGGGAGGCUUCUGCAAUAUAUUUUGUUUUCACUACUGCUCUUGGUCACAUCAUAUUGCUGAGUAUUGCUUAUUCAUUGAAAGGGCAAAAUCACAUAUUAUGUGAUUUAUUGCUGAUUAAUUAAACAAAAUCACUAACAAACCUGUCCACACUGAAUAAAAAGGCAUUAUUUACAACUUCAUGACAUUGGCUACAUCUCUAAGCACUGUGCAGGAGGUGCAUUCACAUGCCAUGUGACUUGUCGGGCGACAUUUUCGUGCAGCAAAAGAGCACAGAUUUGUGCAAAAAAUACUUUAAACCUUCAAAUGAAAUCAGGCCAUCUAAUUUUAAUGAAAAAACACCAUUCUGCUCUUCCACUGCUCUGUUUGUCUGGUCACUCAAUCCGUUCCACUUAGGCUUUUCUACAGUAGUUCUCUUUCACUGUGUGCCUGCUGAGAUAGGAUGACUCAGCUACAGAGAGAGGGGGGAGAGAGGGAGGGAGGGAGGGAGAGAAGGAGACCAUGCAGUGUGUGCAUUUGUUCCGCCCCCUCAAGUGGCACUUAUGGUCUCCAUGCCAAUUGCUGCCUAGAUACGGCUGCCGGCAUGCCCAGCAUCACACACUCCUCCAACUCUCCCUCCCUCCAUCAUCAUAUCCCUCCAUCACUCUCUCCCUUCAUCCCCCUCCAUCCCAUGCUCAGUAGUUUAUGUGGUGAUGGACUCAGUGGACUGUAGUCUUGCCUACCAAGAGGCUAGGCUGGCCUGGCAGAGAGAACAGAGUUAGACAGAGAGCUAAGAACACUGUGAACACCGAGGCUUGUCAAAAGGCUAUGGGAGCUUACGCAAACAAUAUUCUAGUCACCAGGUGGUCUUGGAGACCUUUGAAUACCUUAGAAGUUCAGUCUCUUUAUAUAAAACUUGAAUUUUAAAUGGAGUUCGAAGGUGUAGGAUAGUGCCCAAGUGUUCCAUGUUAGAGACUGUAAAAAUAUUAGUUUUAUGCACCAAACCAGGCCUUGUUAAAAUAUCCUCUAUAUCAACAUACGCAACAGUACACCUUUAAAUCCCACCUCACCCACCAAGUUUUUCCAGAUCACUUUUCCAACAUGUGCUUACCAUUACCUCAUGUAAAAGAGUUACUCUUGUAUUUAUAUUAGACUUCAUGCUAAUGGUUUUCCAUUAUGUAAAGUAAGGAGUUUAAUGUUCAUGUCCUUCUAAUAACCUAGCAGGACAUGUGUGUUCAAUCAGCAAGAGCCCUCUGUGUUUGGCCAUUAAGUUAACUGUUAUGGCUGGUGUCCUGCACGGCUCAAUGCUGACACCCUGUGGUCAGAUCAAGUAACGCAUAGAGGAACAUUCAAAUCUGAAAAGUGGAUUUGAGUGAAUUUCUUUAAGCGAUUGUAGUAACCUAUCCUCUCUCUUUCUUUUCUUUCUUUCUUUCUCUCUCUCUCUCUCUCUCUCUCUCUCUCUCUCUCUCUUUCUGUUUCUUUUUGUCUGUCUCUCUCUCUGUAUCUCUCUGUCUCUCCCUCUCUCUCUCUCUCAAGAGAAACCCCUUUACAUGAGGUAAUGGUAAGCACAUGGUCAUGCACAGUUAUAAAAAAUCAUUUGCAUAAGUGAUCUGGGAAAACUUGGUGGGUGAGGUGGGAUUUAAAGGUGUACUGUUGCGUAGGUUGAUAUAGAGGAUAUUUUAACAAGGUCUGGUUUAUCGCAUAAAACAAAUAUCUUUACAGUCUCUAACAUGGAACACUUGGGCAUUAUCCUACACCUCCGAAUACUCAAAAUUCAAGUUUUAUAUAAAGAGACUGAACUUCUAAGGUAUUCAAAGGUUCUCCAAGACCACCUGGUGACUAGAAUAGUUUGUGUAAGCUCCUGUAAGGGUUGGUGUGAGGUGUGACCCAGGUGCGGUGCAGGAUAGACAGUAGACAGUAGGCAGAGAUGGUGAAACAAGGAUCUUUACUGGUGAUCUGAAAACCAGGAUACAAAAUAACAGACUUGUCACGAGAAAAUAAAGGAGGAGCAAAUUGGUCUCCAAAAACAGGCUGACAGCAAACAUAUGAAAUACUAACUAUGACUGAAAACAACAAUGAAACAGGGAGAACACUUCUCAAGUACCUGUACAUACGUCUCGCAAUCAGACACUGAUUAGUACUGUUUGGCAUCGAGAACUAGCAGAGAAAACAGAGCAAGGGAACACAGGGAAGUGAGGGCAUAAAUACACAGGUGAACAGGUAGACACAGGUGACACCAAUAAGAUAAUGAUUAGUCCAGACUGUGAGUGAGGAGGUACCUAAGGUUGUCGGAGGAUGACACCUAGUGGGUCGCUCCGGAACUGCGACCCCCUCCUGUAACAAGCUCCCAUAGCCUUUUGACAAACCUCAGUGUUCACAGUGUUCUUAGCUCUCUGUCUAACUCUGUUCUCUCUGCCAGGCCAGCCUAGCCUCUUGGUAGGCAAGACUACAGUCCACUGAGUCCAUCACCACAGAAACCGCUGAGCAUGGGAUGGAGGGAGGAUGAAGGGAGAGAGUGAUGGAGGGAUAUGAUGAUGGAGGGAGAGAGUGAUAGAGGGAUAUGAUGAUGGAGGGAGAGAGUGAUGGAGGGAUAUGAUGAUGGAGGGAGAGAGUGAUGGAGGGAUAUGAUGAUGGAGGGAGAGAGUGAUGGAGGGAUAUGAUCCCACGGGGGACCGGUACGAACAAAUAUGAUAAUGUAUGCACUCACUACUGUAAGUAGCGUCUGCUAAAUGACAAAAAAUUUAAUGUUUUAAAAAAUAUGAUGAUGGAGGGAGAGAGGGAGAGCUGAGGUGGCGGAGUGUGUGGUGCUGGGCCGGCCGGCAGCCGUAUCUAGGCAGCCAUUGGCACAGAGACCAUAAGUGUCACUUGAGGGGGCAGAACAAAUGCACACACUGCAUGGUCUCCCUCUCUCCCUCCCCCUUCUCUCUUUCCCUUCUCUCCCUCUCUGUCCCCUUCUGUCUCUCUCUCUCUCUCAAUUCAAUUCAAAGGGGCUUUAUUGGCAUGGAAAACAUAUGUUUACAUUGCCAAAGUAAGUGAAAAAACAAUAACAAAUUAAUAGUUAACAUUAAACACAAAAAGAAUUCAAGAGAGAAAGACAUUUGAAAUGUUAUAUUAAUAUUAACUACUGUAUGUACAGUGUUGUUACAAUGUGCAAAUAGUAGAAGUACAAAUGGCAAGGGAAAAUAAAUAAUCAGAUAAAUAUAUUUUUCAUUUAUUUGUGUUUCUGCUCCACUGGUUGCCCUUUUCGUUUUGCAACAGGUCACACAUUUUGCUGCGAUGAUUGCAAACUGCUGUAUUUCUGUAUAUUUAUGUCAAUGAUACAGUGGGGGAAAAAAGUAUUUAGUCAGCCACCAAUUGUGCAAGUUCUCCCACUUAAAAAGAUGAGAGAGGCCUGUAAUUUUCAUCAUAGGUACACGUCAACUAUGACAGACAAAAGGAGGAAAAAAAAUCCAGAAAAUCACAUUGUAGGAUUUUUAAUGAAUUUAUUUGCAAAUUAUGGUGGAAAAUAAGUAUUUGGUCAAUAACAAAAGUUUCUCAAUACUUUGUUAUAUACCCUUUGUUGGCAAUGACACAGGUCAAACGUUUUCUGUAAGUCUUCACAAGGUUUUCACACACUGUUGCUGGUAUUUUGGCCCAUUCCUCCAUGCAGAUCUCCUCUAGAGCAGUGAUGUUUUGGGGCUGUCGCUGGGCAACACGGACUUUCAACUCCCUCCAAAGAUUUUCUAUGGGGUUGAGAUCUGGAGACUGGCAAGGCCACUCCAGGACCUUGAAAUGCUUCUUACGAAGCCACUCCUUCGUUGCCCGGGCGGUGUGUUUGGGAUCAUUGUCAUGCUGAAAGACCCAGCCACGUUUCAUCUUCAAUGCCCUUGCUGAUGGAAGGAGGUUUUCACUCAAAAUCUCACGAUACAUGGCCCCAUUCAUUCUUUCCUUUACACGGAUCAGUCGUCCUGGUCCCUUUGCAGAAAAACAGCCCCAAAGCAUGAUGUUUCCACCCCCAUGCUUCACAGUAGGUAUGGUGUUCUUUGGAUGCAACUCAGCAUUCUUUGUCCUCCAAACACGACGAGUUGAGUUUUUACCAAAAAGUUCUAUUUUGGUUUCAUCUGACCAUAUGACAUUCUCCCAAUCCUCUUCUGGAUCAUCCAAAUGCACUCUAGCAAACUUCAGACGGGCCUGGACAUGUACUGGCUUAAGCAGGGGGACACGUCUGGCACUGCAGGAUUUGAGUCCCUGGCGGCGUAGUGUGUUACUGAUGGUAGGCUUUGUUACUUUGGUCCCAGCUCUCUGCAGGUCAUUCACUUGGUCCCCCCGUGUGGUUCUGGGAUUUUUGCUCACCGUUCUUGUGAUCAUUUUGACCCCACGGGGUGAGAUCUUGCGUGGAGCCCCAGAUCGAGGGAGAUUAUCAGUGGUCUUGUAUGUCUUCCAUUUCCUAAUAAUUGCUCCCACAGUUGAUUUCUUCAAACCAAGCUGCUUACCUAUUGCAGAUUCAGUCUUCCCAGCCUGGUGCAGGUCUACAAUUUUGUUUCUGGUGUCCUUUGACAGCUCUUUGGUCUUGGCCAUAGUGGAGUUUGGAGUGUGACUGUUUGAGGUUGUGGACAGGUGUCUUUUAUACUGAUAACAAGUUCAAACAGGUGGCAUUAAUACAGGUAACGAGUGGAGGACAGAGGAGCCUCUUAAAGAAGAAGUUACAGGUCUGUGAGAGCCAGAAAUCUUGCUUGUUUGUAGGUGAACAAAUACUUAUUUUCCACCAUAAUUUGCAAAUAAAUUCAUUAAAAAUCCUACAAUGUGAUUUUCUGGAUUUUUUUCUCUCAAUUGUCUGUCAUAGUUUACGUGUACCUAUGAUGAAAAUUACAGGCCUCUCUCAUCUUUUUAAGUGGGAGAACUUGCACAAUUGGUGGCUGACUAAAUACUUUUUUUCCCCACUGUAUAUGUAUGGGGCGGCAGGUAACCUAGAGGUUAAGAGCGUUGGGCCAAUAACUGAAAGGUCGCUGGUUUGAAGCCACAAGCCGACUAGGUGAAACAUCUGUCGAUGUGCCCUUUAGGAAGGCACGUAACCCUAAUUGCUCCUGUAAGUCGCUCUGGAUAAGAGCAUCUGCUAAAUCACAAAAAUGUUAAUGUAUUUCACCUAACAGAUACGGAAUCUUAUUGAUAUUUGUUUUAUCAAAUCCUUUUUGGGUCCUUGUAAUCUGAUGGAAAUAUGUGUAUCUUAUGUCGUCGUACAUUUGGCAGGAGGUUAGGAAGUGCAGCACAGUUUCCACCUCAUUUUGUGGGCAGUGGGCACAUAUCCUGUCUUCUCUUGAGAGCCAGGUCUGCCUGUCGGCCUCUCUCAAUAGCAAGGCUAUGCUCUCUCUCUCUCUCUCUCUCUCUCUCUCUCUCUCUCUCUCUCUCUCUCUCUCUCUCUCUCUCUCUCUCUCUCUCUCUCUCUCUCUCUCUCUCUCUCUCUCUCUCUCUCUCUCUCUCUCUCUCUCUCUCUCUCUCUCUCUCUCUCUCUCUCUCUCUCUCUCUCUCUCUCUCUCUCUCUCUCUCAGACUUAGUUCCUCUGUCUGGUUCCCUGAAGCGUCCCGUCUCCUUUCACCCGAUGCCUGGUCACCUUCGGGUCCUGCACAGUCCGCUGACAUCUGGCCUAAACCCAGAAGGGAUCUACGUGUAA